AUGACGUCGAAGCCGAAGCCCCCGUUCGUGCACCUCGCGAUUGGUCGAUGGUGGAGCAGCGAAGCGCACCUUCAUUAUUUCAUGUGCAAAGUUGCACACUCACAGGCCUUCACUUGCACGCCCAGCACGUCUCCGGCUAUAAAUACGCCCGCGUGGCUUCAGGACGAGGCUCAUGAAUCCAAACCCUCAAGCCUCUUGCGCAACACCGUCCCAUCUCUCUAUCAGCAUUCAGCAGAGCACUUCAGUGAUCUGCUCAUGCCUAGCCUCAAGCACGGCAGCUCCUCGGUUAUCAUCCUCGACAUCGCGUCCAAGAUGAAGAUGCGCAACCUCAAGAAGGCGGCGGCGAUGUGCAAGAGCAAAACCGGCGUGCUCGCGGGCAGGCUCCUCGUCCUCGCCUCGCUCCGCCGCAGGAUGGCCACGGUCGGCGCCAUCUCGCACCGGAUCCACGCGCUCAUGGUGGCCACCGACGCGGGGAAGGACCUCGACAAGGCUCUCGCGCCACGCAAGGCCAAGGCCGGCGGCGGGAAGCCGGUCGUCCUCGUCCGUCGUCGUGACGCCACCGACAUCUCUGAUCAGCUCGCGCUGUUCCAUCAGGAAGACGGCGACGGUGGCGACCACGGCCCUGACUGGUCGGUCCACUCCAUCUUCGACGAUGAGAACUGUUGCUACGCCGACGAGUACUACGAGGGCGACGACGAUGAUGACGACAGCGAGCUACUCGACUUGUGCGACGAUGGACACAACGCCAGCGAGCCAUCGGUCAUGGACGUGAUCAGGAGCAACCGGAAGGUCGAGGGUUUGGAGUUCAACGUGGACGAUGAGAUCGACCAGGCUGCCGGCAUGUUCAUCACGAGGUUCCGGAACCGGAUGAACGGGAGCAUAUAGUUCUAUAUCUAGCUUGUUGUUUUCCUUUUUCACUGACCGAGAGUGACAGUGGAUCGAUGGUGGAUUGGUGGGUGAGACCGAUGACUGAGAUCGGUAUAACAUAACCAGCUAUAGGGGUGAAUGGCUGUUUUUCGGGUUAAAUCUCCUGCCCCUGCAUCGAUUGGUCAUGCUGAAGGUGUACAUACAUAUAUAACGAGGUGUUUAUAUGGUGAAGUUGUACAUACAUCACUGUUUACUGUGAAAGAUUAUGGACAUGGUUGGUUUGCUCUGAAAAAUUGGCAACUACAUACACAGUAGUUCAGAGGUUGGCAAAAGAGUUUGCUAACCAGCCAGUAAAAGUAGCCAGUUUUUCAAUAUUGCUCAACAAUUGGGAAACCAAAUUUUGGCAACCAACCAACCAUGUGCCCUUAUUUUUCCUAGUGAAAUGUGUGCACCUUUUAAUACUAAUACUAAUUAGCUAAG